AUGAACCGCCCGUCCAGAACCGAAGAUGAUCUCGAGCAUCCCACCUGGAACCAGAACCCGCCCUUUCUAGCCCCGGAUCUGACCACCCGCCAGGACCUCAACGGUCUCGCCAACGCCCGCGAACAUCGCCACGGGGAUGCUGGGACGGCUAACGGCUUAGGACUGGUAAUUGACGAAAAACACGCGUGCGAUGGCCAGGUGUGCCAUCGCGAACGUGAAGGAUUCAUAGGGGGCCUUUUCGCAGUGGGCAGGCGGUCGAACCGCCUGCCCAUUGCCCCCAGGACAGCGCUUGGUGGUGAAGGCCAAGUCUGUCUUUCUCGCGGCCGGGUCCGCCCCCCAUCGGGGUGGCUCGGCUGGCUCGCGUCGGUCGUCGUCGGGUCGAUUGUCGUCCAUGGAGCUGGGAGUCUACUUUUCCCACUACUAGGGACUAUGAGACCAGUCAAUGGGUCUGCGAACGGGACCGAACCGGUGGAAGUCCGACGAGUUGACGCCGAUCCCGCUCCGACCCUCGUUAGCCCCCGCAACUUGACCCCCCGCCAGCCCACCUGUGCCGGCAGCACCGCCGGCGCCGAGUACAACACCCCCCUCCAUGUCGGAGCGCUGCUCAUCAUUCUGACCGUCUCGAGCGCCGCCUCCGCCGUCCCCAUGCUCGCCGCCAAGUUCCCCGUGCUACGCAUCCCCGAGCCUUUCUUCUUCGCCGUCCGCCACUUUGGCACUGGCGUGCUGCUGGCCACCGCGUUUGUGCAUCUACUCCCGACGGCGUUUAUCUCGUUGGGGAACCCGUGUCUAUCGAGUUUCUGGACGACGGACUACCCCGCCAUGCCGGGCGCGAUUGCACUCGUGGGGAUAUUUUUUGUCAGCGUGAUUGAGAUGAUUUUUAGCCCGGCGCGGACGUUUAUGGCACCGCCAACGAAGGGGACCGCCGGUGGGGAUAGAAGUAAUAACGAUGGGAGCGCGGGGGAUGCCGAGUCUCAGAUUAGACACAAAAGACAUGCUUCGAUGAGCGGCGGGCACUGCAGCAACGCGGCUGUCGUGGCUGCCAUCACCCGUCGUCCAUCUGAGACGGCCCGUCAGACAAGCCGGGCGAGUAUCGAGCCUGCUCGGAGACAUGGGCAGGAAGCUGACUCGGAAGCCGUCGAUAUGCAGGUCACCGCCUCCAAAGAGACGCUAGGACAGGUGGAAGCCCAGCUGGGAGGCGGUCUCACAGAAGAGCAGCUUCACAAGAAGAGCAUCCUGCAGUGCAUGCUGCUGGAGGUUGGGAUUCUCUUUCACAGCGUGUUCAUCGGCAUGGCCCUGAGUGUGGCAGUGGGAGGAAAUUUUGUCGUGUUGUUGAUUGCCAUUGCUUUUCAUCAGACCUUCGAAGGCCUCGCCCUCGGCGCCCGAAUUGCCUCUAUCAAAUGGCCCAAAAAGACCCUCCAGCCCUGGCUCAUGGUCCUCGCCUACGGCUGCACAACCCCCAUGGGCCAAGCCAUCGGCCUCGCAACACACAGUCUCUACAGCCCGGACUCCGAGUUCGGGCUGAUCCUGGUCGGCACCAUGAAUGCUGUGUCGUCGGGGUUGUUGGUAUUUGCCGCGCUGAUUGAGUUGUUGGCGGAGGACUUUUUGAGUGACCAGAGCUGGGCAGUGCUCCGGGGGAGGAAGCGGGUGGUGGCGUGUGGGUUGGUGUUGUUGGGGGCUGUUUGUAUGAGUUUGGUUGGGGCGUGGGCUUGA